AUGCCAGGCGGUCGCAAGAACCCUAUACAGAUGUCGAACAUCGUCGGCGCGGUGCAUAACGUGGUCAAUCGCGCCAAGGUGGAGGCCAAGGAUGCCGCGGCGGCCCUCGAGGCGCACCACGGGGAUCGGCACUUUGUCGAUCUCACGAUACAGUUUAUCGGCGCGUCGAACCUGCCCAAGAUGGACGUCGUCGGGACGGCAGACCCCUAUUUUAUCGCCAAACUUGACGAGCGGCUCUCCUUUGUAUCUACGGUGAAGCCCAAUACGCUGUCGCCUGUCUGGAAUGAACUGUGGAAGAUCAAGAACGUGCCGAAUACCGCGACGCUUGUCGUCGAGGUUCUCGAUAAAGACAACGGGACGAUCACCGACGACCACAUCGGCAAGUUCUCGACACCCGUUACCGAUGGCGCGAAGGAGUUCACCAUCGAGAGCCUUUCUCUGCGCCGCAAUAGGGGCAACUUUUGGCUGAAGAUCGAAUCUACACCGUCUGCCGAUGAGAAGGCGGAACGAAGACAGUACAUCUUCGACGGCCCGAUUCGCUACUCGCGCCAUUUCUCUCCCACCAUCGGUCGCUUGACGAACCUGAACGACGCCCGCCUGUACUCGACGUGGAAGAUGUACAUCAAGGGCGUGCGCAUGUUCUUCGGCGACACCGUCCAGCCGUGGAACAGGAACUACAAGGCCGCGCAGACGAUCUUCCAGGGCCCGACCUCCAUCGCCCUACGCUCAACCAUCCAGGCGGGCCACCGCAUGCUGUACGCCCGGUCGACCACGAACGGGUUCGGGAUUAUCAACGGGCCCGACGAUGUCUUCCGCCUCCUCUUCCACAGCAACCCCGGCGUGACCGAGGGCCUCCCGAACACGAGCGCGGGCACAUGCCCUCCCCCAAGCCCCACGCCAUACGCGCAGCGCGUGAAGCCCGCCGUGUACACGUACAUUAUCGCGGUCGAGGACGACUCCUUCCGGUUCUCGGAGACGGGUGCCGCGUUCUUCGUCGACUUCGCGUCCAAGCACGCGUUGCACGCGAACUGCGCGCAGGCCGUACGUUAUUCGGGCGAGUUCCAUCCGCGCCCCGAGGGUGGCUGGGAGAACUUCGCGGACGACACGCCGGACGACGCCGUCCGCUGGGAGCUCGUGAUCGACAACAACAGCGGCACGUACAGCCCGGACCCGAUGAUGCUGCCCAACCUCAAGGAGCUGCUCCAGUACAACUUCCCUGGGUUCACCGUGCACGCGCUCGACCGCCAGGACCCGCGGCUUGCGCAGAGCCGGGAGGCGUGUCGGGCGUACGCCUUGGCGAAGCGCGGCGUGAAGCAGGAGGACCUGCAGCCACAUGCGCGAGCGGGCGAGGAGACGUUGUCGCAUACCGCGCAGACUCAAGGAGAUGCACCUAUGGAGGGCGGGCCUGGCGACGGCGCUGCGGCGGGAACAGUAGUGGGCGAGUCCGUCGAGUCUGAGUCGCUCGACCAGCCCGCGGUCGAACAUCCUGUGGUGGACAAGCGGAGCAGCUCCUUCUCCGACGGACGAGACUAUCUGAAUUCGAUCUGA